AUGCGAUGCGCGAGCAAGGCCGCCGAGAGCGCGUCUGCACGUCUCUGUGCGGACGCCGAAGCAGAAACAACAGCAACUGAUGUCCCAUCGGUUGCUGAAGCGACCCAGCCUGUGUCACUUGGUGAUGCAGGCGCUGGUCAUGAAGACACUCGUGUCUUCACAGAGUACGAGCUCGGUGUCUCAUACUUUCCUGAUACGGAUGACGGAUCCGUAUCGACGGCGAUUGAAUCUAAGCCGCCUGCCAUGCGUGGCAUGGAUGAUGCUUUGCGUCGUAGCAUCUUUGGUUCAUCUGAUGAAUCAGAUGAACCAUCGCCGAAGCGAAGGCGCUCGAGGUCGCGAGACUCGGGCGCUAAUAGUGGUGUCAGUUCUCCUAUGGACACCACUUCACAGCGAGGUGCCAGUACUUCUGUCGGCACGUCGCAGGAAGAGCGGGACCGCAAUGUGAUCCAUCACCUUGACCCCAGUGCGAAAAACUAUCGCGCUGAGAAUGAAUUCUUCAUCGAUGCUUUCUUUAGACAUCGAUGGUACGGUGGGAAUCACAAACGUGAUGGUCCCUCACUGCUUCAGGCGUGGAACGCCUACAUCCAUAACCUCGAGGAUGUAGGUCGUGACGCUUGGAACUACAAACUUAUCAAAGCUCGUGAUAAGUUUGAAAAGCGAACCCCGACAGGUGCACGCUACAAGCUGCAUCGUCUGUCAAGGGAGAAAGGAUUGCCCUGCCUCUCUUGGGGAGACUCGUGCCCAUGUUGUGUGAACAACUCUGCACGAGCACCUAAGGAGGCUUACCUCUUUAAUAGCCCGUGGUGGCGCGUACGUAUCUCUACUAAGAUGUACGAAGGGAUUGACAACCUCAAAUCCCUUUACGGUCGUGACGGGAAGACUUUCUCUGGCGGUCCUUCUACAGCACAGGAUGUGCCGCGUCACACUGCUCAACCAGACCCAGUACGUCGAUCAUCAGUUGGGAGCGGGGCUCCCAAGAAUCCCAGGACGGGGGAUAGCCGCGCCAUCGGACGAGAUAACUCGUCCGACGUCCGUUCACGUCGCGGUGGUUCAACAGCUGCUCAACUAGAUAGCGCUGGACACCGCGAGAGUCCUCUAAUGGAGGUGGAGGAGGAGGAAAGACGCUCUCCACACGAUCGUAGGAAUCCGUGUGUUCCCGAGAGCUUCUUUGAUCGCGUAACGCAAGGGUUACGCGACGAUCUCGAACAUGAGCGGAAUAGGCGUCUCCAAAUGGCGGACACUGCCUCGAAGCAUCGAGCUGAGUUUGCCUUUGCUCAGCUUGAGAACGAGAGAUCUCUGACAUCUCUGCGUGACGAGCUAAGGGUAGCUCGUGGGAUUGCUGAUCGGUCUCGGGAUGAGAUAGCUGCUCUCCAGACCCUUGUUGAUGCCCACCCCAUCGGGAGCACAAGGCUCUCUGCGAGAUGCUUGAGCGCAAGGGCGUUCUUCAUCGGAAGAAACAGCGUACUGAUGGUACGGCUUAAGCUGACAAACGUAAAACGUGGGAUGCGUCUGCAUCUUACGUGGCAGCUCGACCGUGUAUGCAUUGCCUAG